AUGACACCUGCACCAAGCCGACGCAAGCAUUUGAAGAGCCGGAAUGGCUGUAUUCAAUGCAAGAAGCGUAAGAUAAAAUGUGAUGAAAAUGGCAAAAUCCCGUGCGCACAAUGCGUCAAGAGUCGCCAUGAUUGUUCCUUUGCUCCACCACAGCCUGUCGUUGACUCCAACUUUUCACCUGGCGCUUUACUCGACCUCAAACUAUUACACAAUUUCACGACCAAAACAGCGCCAACACUAUCAUCGACGUCGGAGGCCCGUCUGUGCUUCUCUACCAGCAUGGUGGAGCUUGCGAUGCAGCAUGAUUUCCUGUUGCAUUGCAUCUUGGCACUAUCCGCUUUUCAUAUAGUCAGCCAACGAGAACAUGGGGAGUUUUCUCAUUCAUCGAUUGGCGAUCACCCCAGAGAGGUUUAUCUUCAGGCGGCUUAUAAACACCACGAAAGUGCUUUGAAUGGCUACCGACGGAGUCUGUCCUCGGUGACCUCAGCCAACUGCCAUGGCAUCUUUGGUUGCUCGGUUCUCCUGUUCAUAACGACAUUCGCUCGACCGGCAGAGUCCGCACUGUCACCAGGUCCAUCAAAGGCUACCCAAAUCGAGGUAUGGCUGGGCUUUCACUUGUCAGAGUGGGUUAUUCUUAUUCGAGGCCUACCGUCUAUCGUCGGCUAUACUGAAUUUCGUGCCGCUCUCUCAAACGGACCACUUGCCUCACUGAUGACCGCUGGUGACCGGGCACGGGCGAAUGCAGAGAUCAUCGAACCACCGCACAAAGAAGCUGUUUUACUAGCCCUCCAUCGUCUUACGGAGGGCAUUCGACAUCUAUCCCCCGAUGAGAGAAUAAUUCGAAUCUGCCUUUCUGCAAUUGAGACGCUCCACACCGUCAUCACGGAGUUGCACCAUUCCAACGACCAUGCACUUGCAUUUAUUUGGCCAAUCAGGGUCCCAUCCGAGUAUUUUGAACUUCUGGAGGCAAGAAUACCGGAAGCUCUAUCAGUCUUCGCAUACUAUUGUGCUAUCCUCCACGUCACGAGCUCAACUUGGUGGACCAAGGGCUGGCCUCGACCAAUAAUCGACUCUAUCGGAGAGACAAUCGACAAACAAUGGAGCCCAUUACUCCAGUGGCCCCUGGACAUGGUGUUUCGCAACUCAGAAAGUAUUGGGACAGUGUUAUUGCCUGUUCCAAUUCUGCCUCCACCAGGGAUGUAUGGCCCCAGGUCAAUCUAA